AUGGCCGACAACACCAAUAUCGAGGCGCUGAUCGAGUCACGCAUCGAGGCGGCCAUUUCCGCCGUGCAGGAUCUGCCGCAGCUUCUAGAAGAAGCUGCUGAGAACAACUCAGUGGUUCUCCUUGACAUGUGGUACAAGAUCCUCAUCCACAUGUACAACAAUCUUGUCAGCCCGACUGGUACCCUUCGGUCACUUAAUGAAAUCGAGUUUACUAUGGUGUCCGACCAAGAACGCCCCAGAUACUCCGACUUCAUCAAACUGGCACAUCGCUGGCUGGUCGCCAUGCAUUGCGCCGGUGUCGGAGAACAAGCCUUUGCAAACCUUGCCCAGUACAAGCCGAGACUCAACGCCGAAGUUUUGGAGGUGCUUGCCCCGCAUGAGCUCGAGCAAUGCGAGAAAAGAUCCAACAUGAGGAAGGUCGUCGACCAGGAGUAUCCGGGCCAUAUCAAGUCCGAAGCCGAGUUCCGGCUACGCAAGGGCGCCCUGAUGACGACAACAGUUUACGAAACGGAGGAUUCGGAGGUAGCAAACAUUUCCCAUACGGAGGAGGAGAAGAUCGAGUUCGUGAAGAAACUGGUGAAGGCGAUGGCAAACAUGACGGGCAUCGCCGACAAGGCAAACCAUCACCACGUACAGGCGGUCAAGGCCAUUUCCGGCUCCGUGGUUGAGGAGCUUGGCUGGGAAUUCUAUGUUUACGCACGAGAAGCGCAGCAGGGGCGUACCUGGGUCCUACCCUGGAACACCAGCUUCACCUGGCAAAGCUACGCCACAUUCGAGGACCGUUGGGCAGACAUUGUUGAUUUCUUUCACGAAUGCAAAUCGGCUGUGGCGAACGCGUUGCAGGCAACCUACAUCCAGAGGUAUACCUCUGACCCUCACAGAGAGCACACUCGGCCAGGCGGCGGCAAAUUCCCAAGCUGCUCAACAGCUGCAAGAGAUUCAGGGCGUUGCCGCUGUUUCAGGCCCGACCCUUACGGCUGGGCCCUUACGGCUGUGGCUAAUUCGGCCGAGGGCAUCAAUAUUGCUCCGGUUGACCAAGUUGCCAUGUCGCCAAACGUUGCUCCCGCUGUUGCGCCCGAGGUCGCCGCCAUCACCAGCCCCUCUGAGGCUUCUAUUGACGGAAACUUCCCUGCGGCUCCACCCAACAGCCCCAUCAUGAAUCCCACUGCGCUGGCUCCCGGUGUUGCCGGUGUUAGAAGUGCUGAUGAUCCCCAAGAUGGCUUCGAUUUCUAG